GUUUUGCACUGAACUCCUUUCUCUGGCGUAUCCAUGAGAGUUUAUAUGUUCUUUGUCGAUGGCCGAUAUCAUUGAUAUCUCGUCUUCAGAGUCACCCCCUCAAAAGAAAAUGCGAACGCGCCAGCGCUCAUCCAAAGCCGUGAAACAUCGACCACGGGAGCCACCACGCCCAACCUUUGCCACAGGGCCCAAUAUUAUUGAAAUCACUGACUCGGACGACGAUGUCCCGCUCAAACGCGCCUUUAAGGGAAAACAAAGGGAUGUUGCACCGGAAGUGGAGUCGUGGUCUGAAAAUGCAGAAGCAGGGUCUUCCGGUGCUGAGGCGUUGUCAUUUGGCUUACCGCAUUCUAAUUUGCUAGGAGAUCCCGCUCUUCAAGCAGGGUCAUCGUCGCCAGUGGCACAGACCACACCCAUUAAGCCUGCUGGUAUACCCCUUUUCUUACCCAGUCCCGGUGACGACGACGAAGAAGAAAAUCCUCGGAUUCAACCUGAGCCAUCCUCGGGUUCCAAACCAGCAACGGCAGCCGAAGGUAUAUUGGUAGCGCCUCCCGUCCCUCCACAUCCCAUUCCUCCCGUACCUGAGAAGGACCCCAUGGACGGAUAUAUUGCUAGAGUGCUCGAAAUUAUACCCGAUGUACAGCCAGCUCACGUGCUGUCGUUAGUUGAGAAAUACAUCCUCACUAAACCGGACAAUAUCGUGGAACUCAUACUUCAUUCGCUUUUUGAAGACCCUACAUACCCCAAGAUUGACAAGAAGGGCAAACGAAAAAGAAGUGAGGAAGAUGAAGGUGGCGCCACACGAGGUUCACCCAAACUCAAGGUCGACUACGGACAGAAAGAUAGAGAGUGUAAAGGUGGGCCGCAUUAUCUUGACAUGGCAUUGGAGCAACUCCUGGUCGACUUCCCGUACAUUCCCAAGCCUCACAUUCGAAUGCAACUUAUCUAUAAUAACACCCUAUAUGCGCCUACUUAUUUGUUUCUUGCCGAAGAGAAGAAAGGCGAGCGUUUGCCCUACAUAGUCAAGACAGUGCCUUCUCGAAUAAGUGGCAAAGGAAGAGCGAGACAUGACCCCGAGUUCGAGCACGAAAGAGAAUGGCUUCGACUUAAAUUAGCGGACGAUGCAGUUCAGAACGAUGCUGCAGUCGCUGAACAGCUGAACGAAGACGAAUGUGACGACGGUGGUGACGGUAUUGAAUGCGGAUGCUGCUUUUCUUUAUAUGCAUUUGAUAAGAUGGUUCAAUGUCCUGAUGCUCAUCUUUUCUGUAAGACGUGUAUGACGUCGUAUGCAUCUACACUUCUAGGUGAACAUAACCCCAAAAUCGUCUGCAUGGACCAGUCGGGUUGCAAGCUUGCGUUUCCGGACUCGGAACUACAACGUUUUCUCACACCUAAGCUCAUGGAGCUGUACGAACGGGUAAAACAGCGCAAGGAGAUAGAGGCGGCAGGCCUGGAAAACCUUGAGGAGUGUCCGUUCUGCGAAUACAAAGUAGUCAUCGAUAACGAGCAGGAAAGACUGUUUCAUUGUGACAACGCAGACUGCGGCGCGGUCAGCUGCAGAGAAUGUAAAAAACUGGACCACCUACCAAAGAGCUGCAAGGAAAUGGAAGAAGACAAACAUUUGAAUGCUCAGCACGCAGUUGAGGAGGCUAUGACUCGGGCCCUGAUGCGAAACUGCCCCAAGUGCCAAAAAGGCUUCAUCAAGGAAAACGGCUGCAAUAAAAUGACAUGUCCUAAUUGUCGUACUGUGUCGUGUUACAUAUGCCGUCAAAUCAUUCAAGGCUACGAGCAUUUCGGAAACCCUCCCCCUUAUAGUGGUCGUGUUGACAAGAAUAAAUGUUCUCUCUGGGAUCCUGUCGAACGGCGUCAUGCAGAAGAGGUUACCGAAGCUGCCAAACGCGCUAUCGAAGAAUACAAGCGAGAACAUCCCGAUGCAGACGAGAAAGACAUCAAGGUCGACCUACCACCUCCCGCUCCCGCUGUACCCCAACCGCCGCCUAUGCUAGGAUUUGGAGCCGUACCCCAUUUUCAUCAUAUCGCCAUGCCUCCUUUUCAUCAUGGACAUCCCCAACCCGGACAUCCCCACCCUGGUUUUGGCCAACACAUGAUGGCCCAUGCUCGAGCUGUUGCAGCUGCGCGAGUUCGGGCGGCAAACGUAUACGCGCCUGCAAUUGAGGUAGAUAUAGGUAUGGCUAUGCGCAAUCAGCAGAGACUAGUGCAGCGAGCCCCUCCCGUGUUACCCGCUAUGCCGCGUAGACGUCGGAGGCGUGUAAAAUAGUGAAAGUAAUUGCAGGUGCAAUUGCAGGCGACUCGUGGUUAUUUAUGGUUAUGGUGAUUAUAAUCUAUUGUAUUGAAAGGCCUUUUAGUAUAUCAUGCAUAAUGUGUUAAUUACCACAGGUUGACACAACUGACAAUGUGGCGAGUACUAGUAGUUUCGUAGGUACUCUAUGCUAAAGGCAAGCGAACACUUAGACCUCUUGGUCGUCGUUCUCGAGCAUGGUCUCUUGUGGUUUGAUCACUAGGUUUUGACCGCUAACUUUAUUCAGCUGAAGUUCUAUGUAGGCUUCUCUCCAGGCCCGUAAACCUCUAGGUAGGACACGAGGUAUCAUUGGUUUGAGCACACCAUGCUCAAGAUAACCCUCCAUGGCUAACCAGAAAUCUCUGCUUGAAUGAUACGUAUACGUACUGCAACGAUGUCUCGCCAGCAAUGGAUAUGGCCACUUACCUUGAACUCUGGAUAGAUGUGGGAAGCACCUUGACAGCCCCACACUUCGACAUGCUUCUUCAGAGCCACAGAUGUCGUACUAGGAUGGACUGACAAAGUGAGUACCAGUUUUGCACCAGGUUUCAGGAUAUGAACUCCUUGCGCUCGAGUGUCUUCCAGGGAGAUUGCAUCGAUGACAUACGGAACUUCGCCUCCAACCACGUUGAUAGUAUCCGAAUUGACGGUCGACGAGUUGCGAUCGAUAGUGGUGGUCGCUCCUAGAGAUAUGAGAUGUGUAAAAUGGGCUGG